UACGUCGCCAAAAGCAUUUGGCUAUUAUUUUUGGCUCCAAUCUCAAAUUUUUACUUAAUGUAUUUGUGUUCAGUUUGUUACUUGUCGGCAGUGUCUGUAACUUGAAGCAAAUUAAUUGGCAUUUUUAAAAAGUCGAUUUUUAAAAAAAUACAAAUUUGUGUUUUAACCUUAUAAAUAUUACUUUUGAUAUAUAAUUUUAAAAUGGGGAGUUCAAUGAAGAACAGAUAUAAAUUAAUGACUAAUGCCAAUUCUUACUGCAGAAUUACUUGUUCAGCUUACGGAUGCGAUAUGAGAUGUGGAACAAAUGCACUUUCUGAAAUUAAAAUGUUUCAUUUUCCAAAAGACCCGUUGCGUAGACGAAGAUGGGAACUUGCUACUCGCAGAGCUAAUUGGAAAGCAAGUAAUAAAUCGCGUUUAUGUAGUAAACAUUUCAUAACAGGAAAACCUUCUAAAGAUCCCAAACAUCCAGAUUAUGUUCCUUCAAUAUUUGUUUUCAAUAAAAAUAUACAGAAUUCAAAAAGUUCAAGCCAAAGUACAAAGUUAAAAGUCCAUGGAAAAAUUAAUAAUUCAGAGGCUGGAACAUGUCCAUCUUGUGGGAUGAAGACUUUUUGUACUAACUGCUGUUCCACUGAAUCAAUGUCUUCAACCAUCAACAUGAGUUUAGAACCUCUGAAUCAGACUUUAACACAACUGAUGGAUAAGUUGAAGGAUAUGGAGGAGGAAAGAGAACAGUUGUGCAAUGAGCUUGCAAGUUGUCGAGAAGAAAUACAUCAACUCCGUGAAGCCCAUCAGCACUGCAUUAUACAAUCCCAUUCAUCUAGUAGGCAUUCUAAGUCAAAUAGCUUUGGUUCAAUUCCUUCAACUUCAGAUGAUGCAAGUGAAAUUUUAGAGUCAAUAUAUUCUGAUGAAUCUACUGACGUAUUUGAUCAAGAUUCAUCCUCUUCCUUAUCUCGAGAACUGAAUUAUCACCAGUCAUAUGAACCAAGCAAGGACAAAUGGCGAAAGAAACAUUCUGAAGAAACUCAUUCUGAUGAAGUAAUAGGUAUCAUAGAACAAUGUUCAUCAUCAAGGAAGAAAAGGGUGAAAGGUUCAAACUUAGAAUCAAAUGAUACCAGUAAUUCUUUAAAGAGUGAGAAGUCUACCAAUUCUGGUUCUCCAAUUACUAUUGUAUACUUAAAACGUUAGCUAAGCUAAUCAUUUUAAGGUUUGAUUCGGGGGGGGGGACUAAUUUGCAUCAACUGUAAAGUUUGUAUAUAUUCACAAGAGAAAUAUAAUUAUUAUUAAAUGUAUGAUAUAGCUGGAUGUUACUUUUUUAUGAUAACUUAUUUUAUCUUGCACAUUGAAUUAAUUUAGUUUGCCAAAAUUUACAAGCAUUAGGUCACCUAAAAUUGUGCAAACAAACACUUAGGCAAGAUAGGUUAUACUGAAACAUAACUAUAAUUACAAUGAGCAACCAGAAAUUUGACUUGAAACUUUUCAUGAGCUCAUGAAAGAGCUUUUCUUAUUUCUUCAUUCACUCUGCUGCAAAAAAGCAAACAUUUAUGUGUGAACAUAGAACUACAUUAACCUAUUUUUUUUAUUGGAUGAGUGCAAUGCAGUGACCUCUAAUAAUGGUUCUUAUGCUAAGAAGAGCAAGCUAUAAUGUCCUAAAAACUCUAAAUGUUUCCAACUACGUGUGACAUUAAAUACUUUGCUGAUGUUUUUUAUCUAUUCAUUUCUAAUGAAGUAACAUUCGAGCUGUACUUCUUUUAUCAUGAAAUGCAUUCAUCUAUUACCCCAUUUGCAAAAUCAUGUUCAUCAUAUGCUUCCAAUUAAAUAUUGACUUAUCGAUUCUGCCUCUUCACACCAUCUGGUCCUACA